AUGGCACAGUUUGUUACUUCAGAACAGGUAAAUUUUGAUUUUUCAACGAAAUUUAGGUAUAAAUGGAUUUGGACUUGCAAUCUCAUGGUUUUUUAAAUAUUUUAGAUAACAAUAUGGUAAAAUACGACAUCUUAAACUUUUGUUAUUUCUAAUUUUACCUUUUGGCUGUAUUACCAGUCUUAUAUUACUCAUCUUCUUCCAGGUUGGUGUAGCCGUCGAAGAACCGCUAGAUCUGAUCCGACUGUCGCUAAACGAAAGAGUUUUUGUUAAAAUGAGAUCCGAGCGUGAGUUGACCGGUCGGUUGCAUGCCUUCGACCAGCAUUUGAACAUGAUUUUGUCUGAUGUUGAAGAAACUGUCACUACCAUCGAAACGGACGAAGAAAGCUACGAAGAGAUCUACAAAACAGCCAAAAGACAGAUCAGUAUGUUGUUUGUGCGAGGCGACAGUGUUAUAUUGGUAUCUCCACCUAGCAAACAUGUGGCUUAA